CGACGUCUCUGUAUCGCAGUCGGGCGUGGGCGCGCGCAGCUGGAACAUUUGUUCUCGAAGCACCAAAUGACGCAGGGGCACCGUCGACGCGAAACCCUCUCUCCUUUUGCCGCGACACCACCGCGCCGGCCAGAGCUCUGAUGAGCGUUGACCCGUCGCUCACUCGCACCACCCCUCCGCUGGUCAUGUCCGCGACUAAUCUGUUCCUGUUCCUCACCCGAUAAUCCUGCCUUCUACACACCGUCCUUACCUGGUACUUGCACUGCUUCCGGAUCUCCACAGUUCGUCUCGUCGAAUGCACUGCUAGGGCCCUCGCGAGCGGCCUGGUUGGAUCCCCGGAUACGAGGCUGAUCGUCAUCAACGGGACAAAAUAACAUGUGCUGAGGCCUGCUAUCAGUUUCCUCACCUCCCUGCUAGCUCUGCCGACUGAGGCGACCAAGAGAGACGGGUGGUGGAUGCAGAAGGUUCACAUCAACGUGGAGGAGCUCAUCCAACAUGCCUUUUAGCACAUUCGGCGUCGCCACGGCAGUGACUCCGUCCGUCAUUGAGACCUACUUCUCCCAUUACUUGAAUCGAAAACCGCUCAAGCAGAAACCGACUGCCCACAUCUCCUACCACGAAGGCCUAAAAUUAAUUCGUCAAUUCCUCGACUAUAGCUCCAAGCACACCGUCGAAGAGCUCCAGGCUUUUACCGCGCAAUGGGUACCGGUACCAACGUGGGUUCGAACGCAGGACGUGGAGGUUCCGCCACAAUUCCUCAAGCGAUCUGCCAACCUGCUGCGUAAACAAUUGGGCAGCGAUGGCAUGGAACAGGUGGGUGGUGAAAAGUGGUGGCAAUGGAGGAAGCCGGACACCCCGCUGCAUGCAGAGUGGAUUGAAAUGAAGAAGGACCACCAAGAGCGAAAACGAGAAGGAAAGCAGUGCGACCGAGUAAUCCUGUACAUUCAUGGAGGCGCAUACUACUUUGGCUCGGUCGAUGAGCACCGCUACCAAAUGCAACGACAUGCUCGAAAGCUGAAGGCGCGUGUGCUUGCUCCUCGGUACAGGCUGGCACCGCAAUUCCCCUUCCCUUGCGGACUUCACGACUGCAUUGCAACAUACUUCUAUCUGCUCGAGCACUUUGACCCUAGUCAGGUCUUGUUUGCGGGCGAUAGCGCAGGAGGUGGUAUGGUUUUGAGCAUGCUGGUCACACUUCGAGAUCAAGGUUGCCCAUUACCAGCAGGCACGAUCCUCUUGUCGCCUUGGGUAGAUUUGACCCAUUCUUUUCCGUCGGUUGCUGGCGAGGGACUGGGCGAUUAUAUUCCUCCUCACGGGUUCCAUCACAAGCCGUCCAUGGCAUGGCCACCGCCUCCAACCACAGAUGAUGCGCCUAAGAAGAAACGACCUGAGCGAACAUUCACACAGCCCGUGGAACAGCCAUUCGACGUCUCACAAGACGGCUUGGAAGGAGGCAAGGAAACUAAAGAGUACAAUCAAAUUCCAGGAAUGGGCCCGCGACUGGAAAUUGCAAUUGGUGACAAGCUGGUCGUCAUUCGCGAACAGUUUCAGAUGUAUGCGAAGAACGACCUCCUAGCACACCCGCUAGUUUCACCAGUGCAGCAGCCAUCGUUGGGUGGCCUGCCGCCCAUGUUGAUUCAAGUCGGCGGAGCAGAGUUGUUACGCGAUGAGCAGAUCUAUCUGGCGCACAAGGCUGCCAAUCCGAGACAAUAUCCUCCCGGCGAAGCCGUCAUGGAGCAAUACGAUCCAGAGCGCACGAUCCUGAACCAGUACCCGGGUACCGAUGUUCAAUUGCAAGUGUGGGAAGAUCUGUGUCACGUACCGCACACACUGUCGUUCACGCGACCAGCCAAGUACAUGUAUCGAUCCGUCGCUCAAUUCGGCGCCUGGGCGCUUGCACGGGCACAACACAAAUCGAUAGAGAUUCUGGACGAUGAUGCAAUUUCCAUCAUUAGUGACAAAGAGGAUCCGAAUGAGUAUGGAAAAGGUAGCCAUGAAUCCUUCGGGAGUAUUGGAGAGGAAGGUGUCACGUCUACGCAGUUCAAAUUGACCUCGAUAGGUGCAAUUGGCAAAGCAGGAGACGACCUUCCGCCCUUCAAAGACCACAUGAUUCGACAGCGGGUCAACAGGCACGGCAUCAUCUUUCCUCUGCCCCGCGUAGCCGACAUAGCUUGCCUGAAUCUCGAUCGCAACACGAUUGGAGCUAUUAAGACCGGGCCAGUGCAUAAAUGGCUGAUGAAGCGCGGGGAGAACGAUGUGAAGUUUGCGAAUGAUUACAAAAAGCUCCAGAAGAAGAAGCUUAAAGAGGCCAAGGACUACGAUCAGCCGGAACCCGGCGAAAAUCCUGCUGCCGCGGCUUUAAUCAAUCGCAAGAUCAAGGGCAAUGUGGCUGGCGACAAGAAGAAAGGGAAGUCUUGGGGUCUUGCUAUGUGGUCGGGCUGGGGAUCGUCGCACGAUGAGAGUACAAUCCAGAGGGAAGAGAGGCUACAGGAUGCCAAAGAAGCAGACGCCGAGAGGCCUUCGAGUGUGGCUGCCAGCACAAGGACUGCCACUGGCGUCCCUCCGGGGAGCAGUAGCGCACGUGCGACUGCAUUGUCUGGGGCAGACGUAUCCCGGAGUGCAUCAUCUGCUAGGAACAAUCUGGCCGUACCCUCGAACGACGCGGAUGAUGCGAAACGGCGUCGACGCUCCAGUGCAAGUGUGCUGGCUUCUGCCUGGGGACCUAAGCGCAAUGGCUCUCGCACACGGAGUCCUUAUCGCAGUGUCAAGGACGAGGGCCAGGCGAACAACGAGCGGGAUGCAGGCUCGCCAGUUCCUCCUGGGUCGCCGAAUACAAUGCCGGACAGUCCUUCCAGGUUGCGGGAUCUCAGUCGCCGUUCGAGCGUGAAUUCAACAAAGGUCAACUAUGCAAGGCCGAUCAGCUCCGCAACGAUGCUGUCAAGCAAUCUGAACCCAAACGCGAAGAACGGGAAAGUGGAGAUCGAUGAGGCAGGCGGAUUGACGAAAGCUGGUCCGGCCAAUGAUGAUGCGCAGGUAAGUGUUGUGUGUUGUUUCUUGUUGUUAUCGCGUGCAUAAAACGAUCGCCUUGUUCCCCUAGGCAAGAUGAUUGUGCGAAGGGUGCGGUGUGACGUCCGAGCGCAUCGCACAUGUUGGACUUAGAGUUUCAUCCUUCGCGAGUCGCCGUCGUUGGGUUGAAUCGCCGACCCAAGUUUCGAGUGCAGGG